UAUCUAACACCACCAGCAGCUCUCCACCCGCCUCCCCAAAAUGCCGCCCUCCAUCCCCGCCCCCUCUAUCCGCGUCCCCAUCGAAUCCCUCUCCCAACCCUCCUUCUCCCAAUUCGGCACCGUAAUCCAAAACCCCGCCCACACCGCUCCCUCCCGUCAACCACCCCCCCAAGAGACCCCAAAACCCGAAUCCGCAAACCAAGGCACCGCCCUGAAAUUCCUCGACGUCACCCUCCCCACCAACCUGUACCACCUCGCGCCAAGCCGCAGGCCCGCCCGACCCGUCGUCAACAUGUUCGUGUGCGCCCCGCGCGACCUGCGCCCGCACGAGCCCAGCUCCAGCAUGCCGAGUAGCUGGGGCGACAUUGACCUGGAUGACGACGACGAAGAAGAAGAGGAAGAAGGAGGGGGAGCAAGCGGUCUAGCAGGCCUACGGGGCGGAAGUAAACGCCGGGAUCUCUUCGACGUGCACAUCCUCGAGCGCCACCCGUACACCACGCAGACCUUCAUUCCCAUGGGCCUAGGCGUGAACGAGAAACAUACCCAGUACCUCGUCAUUGUCGCGCCCACCCUGCCGGCCUCGCAAUCCCACUCACACGACAGGAAAGACCUGCGUCCACCACCUUACCCACUCCCCUCACGGCCGAAGAAAAGGAAUUCGUUGAAAGAUAUCUUCGCACGCGCCCGCCCCUCACCCUACACAAACUCCACUUCCCCACCCUCCACAACAACGACCCCUCACGCCUCAUCCUCACUAGCACCCUUGCACCCAAGCCAACGCCCCAAAGGCCCCGGACUCCCCGACCUGCGCAACAUCCGCGCCUUCAUAGCCAACGGCACACAAGCCGUGACAUACGGGCCUGGGACCUGGCAUGCGCCCAUGGUGGUCAUUGGGGAUCGGCCGAUCGACUUCGUCGUGGUGCAGUUUGCCAAUGGGGUUGGCGGGGAGGAUUGUCAGGAGGUGGUGUUGAAGAAGGGGGAAGGGAAGGAGGAAGGGGUUGUGGUUUGUGUGGAUAGGGACUGGGGUGGGAGGGUGGUAGUGAAGGCGGGGCCCGGAGCGCGCAGGGUGAGGGCGAAGCUAAUCCAAAGCCUCGUGCCAAGUGCCCAAACAUUGCCUUCGAGGCCGUUAGCAAAUAUGAACGACGAUUCCGGAACUACCACUUGA